AUGAAUUCUAGAAAAAUUUCUGUGGGGUUAAAUAUUGCAAUUGUUCAAUUAAAUCCGCAAAUUGGACAGGUGAAGCAGACGGUUUCCAGGGUGUAUGAGUUGAUCGAUAAGUUUAAGGGGACCCUGGGAUCGCAAAAGACUCCAGAUUUAGUAGUAUUUCCAGAGUUCGCCCUCACUGGUUAUAACUUUCAUUCAAGAGAGCAUAUUCUACCUUAUUUAACCAAUGAUCCAAGCAAAGGUGUGUCUUUUGAUUUGGCGGAAAAGGUAUCCAAGAUGUUUAACUGUUAUACAGUUAUAGGAUAUCCUGAGAGAUAUAUCGAUAGUUCAGAAAAGGAACAUUUAUAUAACUCUGCAGCAGUUGUAGAUCCAGAUGGAAAACUAGUAUUCAAUUAUAGGAAGUCAUUCCUAUACAAUACUGAUGAAGAGUGGGGCUGCGAAGAGAAUCCAAAUGGGUUUCAGAAUUUUAACUUGGACUUCCCUGGAAAAGGUACUGAUCUCAGAACAGGGGAAAAACUCGAUGUCUCCUUAAAUUCCUCAAUUGGUAUUUGUAUGGAUUUAAGCCCGUAUAAAUUUCAAGCUCCAUUCGAUAAAUUCGAAUUCUCAACUUAUAAUAUAGAUAAUAAUUCCGAGUUAAUUAUUUGUCCGAUGGCGUGGUUGCAUUCGUCAUCAUACACUAACCAUUCAAAUGAUUCGAAAUCAAAGGUAAUGCAUGGUAUUGAAACCAACUUGAAGAACCAUAGCUUGCCUUUACAUGGAUCGCAAGGUAAAUUUGUUGUUGAUAUCGAUGAAAACAAUAAAACUGAAAGAAUUGAAAAUGAUUCAGAUUCAAUUGAAAUUAGUUAUUCUGAAUUAGACAAACCUGAUAUGAGCAAUGUCAACUAUUGGCUUUUAAGAUUUAUGCCAUUUUUAUCCUGUAUGUUUAGAAAUAAAAGGUUUGUUGAUGACAGCUCUUUUCCAAGCUAUGAUUUAGAAUAUUCUUGUGGGGAAAAAUCCUAUAUGGGUAGCACUAAAGAUUCACCUUGGGCAUUCAAGGAUAAGAAUGCAACUAUAGUGUUGGCCAAUAGGUGCGGUGUUGAAGAUGGAACUACUAUAUUUGCUGGUAGUUCUGGAAUUUGGAAAUUUAAUGGUCAAGAUGUAGAUACAGAGACAAAUUUGAAUUCGCUUAAUGAAAGUGUAGAAUUACUAGGUAAUUUGGGGAAAUGCCACGAAGGUAUAAUAAUGCGUCAUGUGGACUUCGAGAUUAUCAGGUAA